AUGUUUGUAUUAGUGUAUAGUUCUGAGGUUUUCAUUCUCCUGGUGUCGGUGGCCGUGCCCUCUCUGGGUAGUCCCCGCGCCUGGAACAAUCGCGACGACAUGGAUUCUCCUACCCAGCGCCCUUUGGGGCCCGGAAAUGGAAGAGCUGGAGGAAUUUUUAUGCCUAAAUCCACUACCUCCGCGCCUCCGAUUGAAACACAAUGA